AUGAUGCUUACCGACCGCCAAGUGGCGCAAUUCGAUGCCUUCGGCUUCUGCGUGCUGCGCGGGGUGCUCGGCGCCGGUGAGCUCGACACCGCGCGUGCCGAGUUCGACAUCGGUCUGGCCAGGGCCGCGGCGGGGACCGAGCGGCGCGGCAUCCGCAAGCAGCUCAACUGGUCCAAUCUGGGUCCGGACACGCCGUUUCUGGGCUUGCUGCUGGAGGACGCCCGGUUCGUCGGGCGCUGCCGAGCGGUUCUACGGCGGGGGGUCAAGUUCGCGUUCUACCUGCAGCCGCUCGACGAGCACAGCGGGGCCCUGCGGUUCGUACCGGGAUCACACAAGGAGCCGCUCCACUUCGACAUGCGGAAGAUCGGUAUCAAGGAGUCCAAUCUGCGCGUUCUGGACGCCGCCGGACUGGAGGUGGAUGAGGUGCCGGCGUACGUGGCGCGGUCCGAGCCCGGCGACGUGAUCGCAUUCGACAGCCGGGUCUGGCACGCGAGCUGGGGCGGCGGCCACGACCGGAGGAUGUGCAGCCUGGGCUACUUCGCCGCUCCGGCAACGCCCGCCGAAGAGGAAUCGAUGGCGGAGCUGGCGCGGCAGGACGCCGAACUGCUGGAGGCAUUUCCGCUGCUGGAGCGGCCCUCGCACUGGGUCGCCAAUCCCGCAGGCAGCCCCAUGCGCCGGCGCUGGAUCCAGGCGCUGCGGCAGUGGGGCUUCGCCGGCCUGCCCGGCUGA